AUGUCAAGAAAGAUCAUUGUUGCAGCCGCUCAAGUCGGCGCCGUUCACAUCGAUGCAGACAAGAAACAAACCGUGCAAAGGCUCAUAAACUUGCUGCAAGAGGCUGCAGAAAAGCACGUACAACUGGUCGUCUUCCCGGAAGCAACUCUCACGACUUUCUUCCCAAGACACUUUAUUGAAAACCAAGAGGAACUGGACAAGCACUUUGAACACGGCGAGGACAUUACUCAAUCUCCAGAUGUGAAGCCAUUGUUUGAAGAAUCUAGGAAGCUUGGGAUCGAUAUCGUUCUGGGAUAUGGAGAACGCACACCCGAUGGGACUGGUUUCAACACUAGUGUCUAUUAUUCGGCUUCUGAAGGCAAAGUGCUGAGCAAGUAUCGUAAAGUUCAUCUUCCUGGAACGGUGGAACCCUUUGCAGACCCGGCUGCGACUAACCAGCUCGAGAAACGCUAUUUUACACCAGGAAAUCUUGGCUUUCAAGCUUUCCGCGCCCCAGGGCUGGUGGCAGAUGCUGCUAAAAAGUCCACGGCCAAGGACGGUGAAAGUACCGUAGGCAAGGGAGAUCCAAUCAUGGGGAUGUUGAUUUGUAAUGACAGGCGAUGGCCAGAAGCGUGGAGGGUAUAUACCCUCCAAGGCGCCGAACUCCUCAUGUUUGGAUACAACACAGGAGCAAACAUGUCGCACCUGUGGGGAAGCAAGCCCAUGUCGCCCCAGGAUGCAGAGAAGGAAGCGCUGUUUCACUCGCGUCUUGUACAGCAGGCCAACAGCUAUAUGAAUGCUUGUUUCUCCAUAUCCGCAGCGAGAUGCGGAUGGGAUGAUGGCAAAUAUGACUUGAUCGGCGGUAGUUCGAUUGUGAGUCCCGAGGGGCAUGUAAUCGCAGAGGCCAAGACAAAGAAUGAUGAGCUUGUGUUCGCCGAGAUUGACCUCAGUGAAUGCCGACAGGGCAAGGAAAGGACUUUUGACUAUUCUCGGCACAGGCGUAUUGAGGCCUACGAUUUGAUCACCAAGCAGACCGGUGUCGUUGAGCCGGAGCUUUUGUGA